AUGAUUCAUAAAAUGAAAGAUCCCCAUGGUAAACUGGCAAGGUGGGCUAUGAAAUUACAAGCAUUCAGCUUCGAUAUAGUUCAUAGGCCAGGAAGUUCGAAUGUAGUACCUGAUGCUUUAUCGCGAUCAAUUAACGCGAUUGAAAUUCAAGCUGAUGGUGUGGAAAUACGAGAAGAACAUAAAAAUACAUGGUAUAAAGAUAAAGUUAAAAGUGUCUUGAAUAGUGAUAGUGAUAUUAAUUGGCGAGUUAGGGAUGGCUUGUUGUAUAAAAAGAUUUGUUUGAAACAAUAUCCUGAUAAGUCUAAUGAUUGGAAGUUAUAUAUUCCGGAGAUUCUUAGAUCUACUAUUUUGAAGCGCUGUCAUAAUGAUGUAAAGGCGGGUCAUUUAGGCAUUCGGAAAACGGUUUUUAGAGUAAAACAGUAUUAUUAUUGGCCAAAUAUUUUAGGUGAUGUGAAACGCCACGUCGGUCAAUGUGAAAUUUGUGCAAAAUUUAAAGUUUCUCAACGUUUGCCUUUUGGUUACAUGGGUCAUCAAAGGCAUGUUAAUAGACCGUGGCAAAUUAUAUCAUUAGAUUUAAUGGGACCUUUUCCAAGAAGCAAAAGUGGUAACACUAUGCUUUUAGUUAUAACCUGUUUUUUUAGUAAAUUUGUUUUACUAUUUCCACUUAGAACUGGUAAAGCAGAUAAGAUUUGCAGUAUUGUUGAAAGCCAAUUUUUACUUUUUGGUGUUCCACAAGCAAUUAUUUCAGAUAAUGAGCGAGUGGAUAGGGUUAUUGGCACAAUGAUAUCGAGUUUCAUUAAUACUAAGAAACAUAAUGAAUGGGAUUUAUAUUUACAAAGUUUUGCUUAUGCUGUUAGGACUUCAGUUCAUGAAACCACAGGCUACACCCCAUCUUUCCUCUUCUUUGGCAGAGAAACAGCUAUUCCCCCCAAAGUUACAAGUAUUUCGUAUGAUGCAGUUAAUAUGUUUGACAAACCUUUAAGUAUUGAUGCAAAAGAAUUUCUAGUAUCUAACAAGAAGCUUUUUAGCGUCUAUGAGAAGGUUGAACAGAAGAUGAAAGACGCACAUAAAAAAAGUACAAGUUAUUAUAAUUUAAAACGUAGGGAGGCUAAAUUGAAUGUAGGUGACACCGUUUGGAAAAUGAAUAAAUUUUUGUCUAACGCAGGAAAAAUAUUUAUGGCUAAAUUGGCACCAAAAUUUGAUAAGGCUAUAAUUGUUGAAAGAUUGUCUAGUAAUGUUUUUAGGUUGAAUAACUGGUAUGGCAAACCGUUAGGGGUUUGGCAUGCGAAAGACUUGAAGCCAUACUUGGGGGAAUGUAAUAGGAUGAGGGUAGAAACAAAAACGACAGACACGGACGGUGAUUGCCGUAGAUUGGACGUGUUCGAGAUAUAA